CCCUCUCUCUCCUUUUUCUUCUACAAUUCUGUUAUUUUCUCUCACACUUUCUCUCUCUACAAUCAUAAAUUAAAAUUUUCAUUUCUGUUGGGAUUGUGAACUUGAAGAUCGGAUCAAGCGCUCUCGCACUCGAAGACUAGACCCUCAGAGUCAUCUCUCUCCCACGAUUAGGAAGAUGACAUGAGGAGUUUUAGAGAGAGAUAGAGAGAGAGAGAAUAUAGAGAGAGAGAUUAAUCGUACCCUGCGAUCCGAAAAGCUUUUUUGAGACAAUAAUCUGAGGAGUUUGGUUAGAUAAGGAAAGAUCUUGACGUUUCGGUUCUAUGCGAGGAGAAGAUUUGAGAGUGAUUUGAUUUUUCUUUUUAUCCUUUUUGGAAAUCAAAUUUGAGAAUAAACGGAUCUACAAAGAUCGGUAAACGAAGCCGUUUCUUAAAUUUCAAGACAAACUUCUAGAGAGAGAAAAUCAGAGGUUCGUCUUCCAGGCUUCAAAGAGAUGAGAACAUCCGCUUGACGACGCAGUUAGAAAAAAAGAUAGAACAUGUCCUCAUCGAACUCUCCAUGUGCGGCGUGCAAGUUUCUUCGCCGGAAAUGCACGCAGGAGUGUGUGUUUGCGCCAUAUUUUCCACCGGACCAGCCUCAGAAGUUCGCAAACGUUCACAAAGUGUUCGGCGCAAGCAACGUCGCAAAGCUUCUGAACGAACUCAAUACCGCGCAGCGAGAAGACGCAGUGAAUUCACUUGCAUACGAAGCCGAGGCUCGUCUUCGCGAUCCCGUGUACGGUUGUGUGGGUCUAAUCUCCAUCCUCCAACACAGACUCAAAGAAGUUCAGCUAGAUCUAUAUAAUGCGAAGAAAGAAUUGGCUAAUUACAUUGGUCCAUCUGCAAUGUUACCGAUCCUUCAACACCCUGGAUUUAUGCCGCAACACCCAAAUAACCAGUCUGCAUCGCUACAUGGUAACAUGUCCCCGCUGAUGGGACUGCAGGCGGCGGGGAUGGGACUUCAGGCCGGGAGCUCUCAUGGUGCUCAAUUGGUAAUCCGUGAACCUCAGCAUCAGCAUCAACAUCAACAGCACCAUCAUCACCAUCCACAAAUGCUUGAGGCACAGCAAUUGGCCACUGUUGUCACGGCGAGAGAGCAGGAGAUGUUGAGGAGUUAUGAACAACAACAGCAUCAGCAUCAUCAGCAGCAACAGCAACAGCAACAGCAACAUGAACAGCUUGUGAGGUUUAAUAGUGGAUUUGAUCCGACCGGACCGAUGAGCGGUGGUGGUGGGUUCAACCAGAUGACCGCGGCUGCUAUGUCGCCGUCCUUGGCUUUGGGUUCAUAUGACAACGCUUAUCAGAUUCAACAACAGCCACAAGAUCACAGUCAUCACCACCAGCUUCAGCUACAGCCACAGCUUUUGCUUCCACAACAACCACAGCAACCACCGGUACCACAGCAACAGCAGAGGUCCGGAAGCGAGGAGGGGAGGAGCGUUGAUCCUUCGUGUUAAUGUCUUUUCAAACACUGGUGCCCUCUUUGCUUUAUUUUUCCAACAAAAUUUCAUUCCAGCUCAUUUCUGCCUAUACAAGCAUACAGAGAGUGAGAGAGAGAGAGAGAGAGAGAGAGAGAGAGAGAGAGAUGUUGACGCCUGAGAGAGAGUUAAAAUUGGCAAAGUAACCAUAGUCCUUUUUUUGGGGGGUUCUGAUGUGAAGAAGACUAUUUCUUGGGAGGUACAUUUUGAAAUUGUAGGAGGAGCUACAUCAAUUUCAACUAUUGUGUUCUCUGUUUUAGCUUUUACAUUGGCGAAUCUUACUUGUUGAUGCCGCAUUGGAAAUUUUUUUAUACCAUCCUUCUUUACUAAUCCUUUCAAGUGGGAUACAAAAAUAAACUUUCCAUAUAUCUUUUCUUGGAUUCAUUAACAUUCUCCAAUUUUUCUUCUCUUCUAUUGCUUUUAUUUAUUUAUUAUUAUUGGAAGUUGGCCGGCAUGUGUAAAGAGAAGAGAGGAAUGGUAUGAAUAGGUGCGGAUGUACUGUGGGUUCAGUGGGAGUAUCCGCUUCCAUUUAAAUUUUUUGUUUUUGCAUUUUACACUCUUAAAUUUAUAUUUUUUUGUAUUUAUACUAGUAAAAUUUUUAAAAUUACCCCCCAACUCAAGAAUUUCUAGAUCCGUCUUGGUGAUGAAUGUUCUUAUUUUCUUCAA